UUCUUCUUUUGGGGGGGAAAAAUGGCAGCCUCUGAUAGCCAUCCUCGAUCAAACAGCUUGCCCUCUAAACCACACCCUCUCAUUCUACAAUGCAACGAACACCUGAGCAGAUUAGAGGCUUCUACUGCUACAACUUCGUCGUCGUCGUCGUUGUCUUCCUCGUUUGGCCACAAACUGAGUGACCUUGAGGAUUUGCAUGAAACUGUUGAAAAAUUAGUCCAACUUUCCCUUACCCGAGAAGUCCUUGUUCAAGAGAGUCAAGAAAAUUGGGUGGAAAAGCUCUUGGAUGGAUCUCUCAGGCUUUUGGACGCGUGCACAGCAGCCAAAGAUGCAUUGUUGCAUACAAAAGAGUGUGCAAGGGAAGUUCAAUCAAUCAUGAGAAGAAAAAGAGGAGGUGAAAUGGAGGUGACAGUAGAGGUCAGAAAAUACUUGACCUCUAGGAAGGUAGUCAAAAAGGCAAUCUCCAAAGCCUUAGAAAAUUUGAAGACUUCUUCAAAUAAGUGCAAGCUCUCUCCUUGCCAUAAGGCUCAUCCAGAAUUGGUGAGCCUGUUUAAAGAUGUGGAGAUAGUCACUCUUCAGAUUUUGGAGUCAUUGUUGAGUUUUAUCAUUGCGUCAACAAAGUCAAAGCUAAGCAACUGGUCUUUGGUUUCCAAGCUAAUGCACAACAGAAAGGUUUCUUAUACACAGGAAGCAGAAGAGAAUGAAUUUGCCAAAGUGGAUUCUGCAUUGCAAGCCUUUGUGUUCCACACAACAGGAAAGUCAGAGAAUACAGAUCAUUUGCAAAACCAGUUGGAAAACUUGGAGUCAGUGAUUCAAGACUUUGUAGAAAGACUUGAAACCCUUUUUAGGAGACUUAUCAAAACUAGAGUUGCCCUCCUUAACAUUCUCAAUCACUAGUUGUUCUAAUUGGUCACAUAGAGUUUUGUAAUUUUGACCAAAAUUAGCUUUUCACUUGCACUUGUACAUGCAAAAACAUUAUAUAAAUUCAAUACUCUUAUACAAUAUUUUGCUGUUAUGUAG